AUGAGUUCCCCAGUUCCUAUGCCAACAACCCGCCAAGUGGAGUUGCAUGAUAUGUUCAAUCACUACCUCAGUCUCGAAAGAGAUGGCCAUACUCUCGAAGCAUUGAGGUUGGCCAAUGAGCUGGUCGAGGAGGAAGGCCUGAAUCUUUACCAUGCCGCACACUUGCACAUGAAAAUGGCUAGGUUCCCCGAAGCGGGAGUCUACCAUGCCACAAUGGCUGUCAAAAUUCUCACACAGCUGAAGGGAACCGAUGAAAGCAUUGCAGACCAGUUGCAGGAGGCAUGGCAAGUCUUGCUAGAAAGGCAAAACGUCGAGAAGGACUGGAAGGAGUAUCAGAAUACUAUGCUAUUGGAAAACGGCGGAACGGAAAACCGCGAGGCGAUUCGUCAACAUCGUUAUAAUGAAUACUUUUCCAAACUCGAGCAGGAGCGACAGUCAAGAUCUGAAGGAACGGACACAGACGAGCGAAACCCUUUGUUUAACUACCCAGCUAAAAAGGGGAGGACCGCCGAUUCGGGUGGUGAGAAGGAGAAGGAGAAGGAGGAAAAGGAGUCGAAAGAUUUGUAUGAGGAGCCAAAGUUGUACUUUGCAAUGUGA